AUGGGGAAAAAGUCUUUGGGCAAAUUUGUUUUCCUUGACCAAAUACGAUAUGAUGUGAACAAAGAUCUAACUAUUUUGGGAUGCACUUUAUUCUCGCAUAUCUCCCCCCGGCAAGAAUUUGCUGUCGAAACUCGCAUGGUAGACUUCAAAGAUAUCCUAAGAUGGACGGUGGAUGGUCAUAAUGCUGCACACGAAUCAGAUCUCAACUGGCUUAAUUCUCAAGUUUCCACAAUAGCCAAAAACGAGCCUCAUCGCCAAAUUGCAAUUUUCACCCAUCAUAGCCCAAGCAUUGAUUCACGCUUUACGGACCCAAAACAUAUUAGCAGUGAUGUGUCUACCGACUUCGCCACAGACCUCAGUAACAAGAGAUGCUGGACUAAUUCUGCGGUUGUAGCAUGGGUAUUCGGUCACACGCAUUUUAACUGUGCUUUCACAGAUGCGAGUGGGAAAACUAUUAUAACGAACCAAAAGGAGUAUCGUUUGAUUCUCGCACAAGGUUUCAACCCAGAAGGGGCAUUUACUAUUGGAAAAUGA